UGGUGGAGUAGAGCUCGCUUUUGUAAAUGCAUAGAUCUACAAGUCCAGGAAUCUAUUCUGUGACCUCUGGUUGGUAUUCGACAUCUCAUCUAGAACACAUACAACAUGGCAGGGCCAGUCCGACAACCAAUUGACCAAGCGGCGUUAGAAAAGUACCUCAACCAGCAUGUGCCCGAGAUCCAGACUCCCGUCGACUUGAAGCAAUUCGGUUUCGGACAGUCCAAUCCCACAUACCAGAUCACCGCGGCCGAUAGCAAACGAUACGUCCUCCGCAAGAAGCCUCCGGGAAAGCUUCUGAGCAAGACGGCGCAUCGGGUUGAUCGCGAGUACAAAGUCAUCGCCGCUCUGCAGGAUACCGACGUCCCGGUUCCGAAGGCAUAUGUUCUGUGCGAAGAUGACAGCAUUCUUGGGACACCAUUCUAUGUGAUGAGCUUCCUCGAUGGUCGCUUCAUCAAGAAUGCCGCCAUUGAAGACGUAAAUGAGCACGAUCGGCAGGAGAUGUGGAGAGAUGCGAUACGGACGCUGGCGAAACUCCACCGCAUCAAUCCCAAGGACAUUGGACUUGAAAAUUUCGGGAAACCGAAUGGGUUCUACAAGAGACAGAUUAGGACAUUCAAGAGUCUUGCGCAGUCGCAAGCUGAGGCGAAAGACAAGGAGACGGGUGAAGAAGUGGGCCAGCUGCCGCAUUUUGACGACUUCAUCGAGUUCUUCGGCCAAGAGCAGAAUCAGCCGUACGAUCGCGGGGUGUUGUUCCACGGGGACUUCAAGAUUGACAAUCUUGUUUUCCACAAGACUGAACCGCGGGUCAUUGGGAUACUUGACUGGGAAAUGGUCACAAUUGGGCACCCUCUUGCCGACCUCACCAACUUGAUUCAAGGCUGGACAAUAUCAGAAGCUACACCUUCGUGGCCGAGGAAACACGCAGACCAAGCUUUCCUGAAUCCUUCCGAUCCGAAAAGCACUAGGAAGGAAUGGCCGGGUCUGCCUGAGCACGCAGAAUGCGUUGAAUGGUAUCGACAAGAUACUGGCUUCGAAAUCACGCAGAAAGAUCUUGCUUGGGCAACCGCUUUCGCCCUGUUCAGAGACUCCAUAAUCUUUCAAGGCAUCGCUGCUCGUUAUGCCACACGACAAGCCAGUUCUGCUUCGGCGAAACAGUACGCAGAAGAGCGCGAGCCAUUUGCAGAAAUGGCAUAUCAGAAACUGCUCGAGGCGAAGAACAAGCUGAAUAGCAAGUCGAAACUUUAG